AUGAUCGUGUUAAUUUUCUUUUUUGUCUUGCUGUGGAACGAGGCUCAAAGUUGGGGAGUCAAGAAUGGAGUACUGCAUAACUCUAUUUGGUUAGAGCGAGCAGCUGGAGUGUACCACAGGGAGGCACGGGCUGGAAAAUAUCAGCUCACCUAUGCAGAAGCUAAAGCAGUGUGUGAAUAUGAAGGAGGACAACUAGCCACAUACCAGCAGCUGGAGGCAGCAAGAAAAAUAGGUUUCCAUGUGUGUGCUGCUGGUUGGAUGGCUAAGGGCAGAGUUGGUUAUCCCAUAGUGAAAGCUGGAUCCAGCUGUGGCUUUGGAAAAACUGGCAUUGUUGAUUAUGGGAUUCGCCUCAACAGAAGUGAGAGAUGGGAUGUCUAUUGCUACAACCUUCAUGCAAAAGAAUGUGGUGGAAUCUUCACAGAUGCAAAGCACAUCUUUAAGUCACCAGGCUACCCAAACGAGUAUGAAAAUAAACUAAUAUGCUACUGGCACAUUAGACUAAAGUACGGACAACGGAUUCAUCUACAGUUCCUGGAUUUUGAUGUUGAAGAUGACACUGCUUGCAUGGCUGAUUUCUUAGAAGUCUAUGAUAGCUAUGAUGAUAUCACUGGCUUUGUGGGCAGGUACUGUGGAGAUGAACUUCCAGAUGAUAUCAUCAGCACAGGAAAUCUCAUGACCUUAAAGUUUUUGUCAGAUGCCUCAGUGACAGCAGGUGGUUUUCAAAUUAAAUAUGUUGCUGUAGACCCACCUUCAAAACCUAAUGAUGAGAAAAAUGCAACUUCCCAAGGAAACACAAACUACUUGUCUGGAAAAUUUGGCAUUAUGUGA